GGGAGCGCGGGGGUGGCGCUAGGGAGGCGGGAAAGGAGGCAGCGCGACGCCCCCCCCCCCCCCCCCCCCGUAGCCAGCCGUUGUGAGCUGGUAACGGCGCCUGAGCCGACCCUAUGUCUGGCACGAGCAAGCCCUUGUCUAGCUGCAGCUGCCCGGAGCUGGCCGUGGGGCAGCGAGGCGGAGCGGGCGGCCGGGGUGCUGCGGCCCGACUGCCCCAGGAGGAGUCUGAGGAGCAAGGAGGGGGCCGCAGGGCUAACCCCAGCCCGGGGGACCCUGCCAUUGUCAAGUCCCCCAGUGACCCCAAGCAGUACAGGUAUCUCACAUUACAAAAUGGCUUGUGUGCACUACUGAUUUCGGAUGCAAAUAACAUGGAUAGUGUUCCUUCUGAGGAGUCUUUGGAAUGGGAGGAUAAUGAUGAAACCGAGAUUGAAACUGAUGAAGAUGAUGACUUGGGAGCAGAGAUGGAAAAGGACAAGGAAAAUUAUGAAGAUGAUAACAAUGAUGGAGAUGAUGAUGAGGAGGAUCCCAAUAAUUCUGAUGAUAUGGAAAUGGAAGAACUAACAGGAAAGGAAGAAGCAAAUAAGAGAAGUGGAACAGAGAAGCUGUCUGCAGCUGCUCUUUGUGUUGCUGUUGGCAGUUUCUGUGAUCCUGAGGAUCUGCCUGGGAUGGCACAUUUUCUGGAGCACAUGGUAUUUAUGGGCAGUUUGAAAUAUCCAGAUGAGAAUGGGUUUGAUGCAUUCCUGAAGAAACAUGGGGGCAGUGACAACGCUUCAACUGACUGUGAAAGGACAGUCUUCCAUUUUGAUAUCCAACAGAAAUACUUCAAAGAAGCACUCGAUAGGUGGGCACAGUUCUUCAUUCACCCACUAAUGAUCAGGGACGCUAUUGAUUGUGAAGUUGAGGCUGUUGAUAGUGAGUAUCAACUAGCAAGGCCGUCUGAUGCAAACAGGAGGGAGCUGCUAUUUGGAAGCCUUGCCAGACCUGGGCAUCCAAUGAAAAAGUUUUUCUGGGAAACUUUGGAUACUUUGGAGAAGUGGGUGAAGGAACUCUUUUCACAGAUUCCAAAUAAUGGUUUAUCCAAACCGAACUUUGGCCAUCUGACACAGCCUUUUGACACACCUGAAUUUUACAAGCUUUACAGAGUUGUUCCAAUCAGAAAUGUUCAUUCACUGAGCAUUGCCUGGGGACUACCACCACAGGAGAGACAUUACAGGGUGAAGCCACUUCACUAUAUCUCCUGGCUGGUAGGACAUGAAGGCAAAGGCAGUGUUCUUUCCUUUCUUCGGAAAAAAUUUUGGGCUCUUGCGUUAUAUGGGGGAAAUGGUGAGACAGGAUUUGAACAGAACUCCACCUACUCUAUAUUCAGCAUUUCUGUGACUUUGACUGAUGAAGGUUACAAGCACUUCUAUGAGGUUGCACAUGUUGUGUUCCAGUAUCUGAAAAUGCUGCAGAAAAGAGGGCCAGAUAAAAGAAUUUGGGAAGAGAUUCAGAAGAUAGAAGCUAAUGAAUUUUAUUUCCAGGACCAGGCUGAUCCAAUUGAUUAUGUCGAAAGUCUUUGUGAGAACAUACAUAUCUUUUGUAAGGAGGACUUUUUGACAGGCAAUCAGCUUCUGCUUGAAUACAAGCCUGAAAUCAUUGCUGAUGUCCUUAACCAGCUCUGCCCUCUGAGAGCAAACCUUGUUCUGUUGUCUGCUGCCAGUGAAAGAAAAUAUCAUCUAAAGGAGAGAUGGUUUGGGACAAAGUACAGUGUGGAGGAUAUUGACAAAUCUUGGAGUGAUUUAUGGGUCAGUGACUUUCAGUUAAACCAGGACUUGCACUUUCCUGAAGAAAACAAAUAUGUAGCCACUGACUUCGCUCUGAAGGCAUCUGAUUGCCCUGACACGGAGUACCCAGUCAAAAUUCUGAGUACACAACACGGCUGUGUGUGGUACAAGAAGGACAAUAAAUUCAAAAUCCCCAAAGCUUACGUAUGUUUCCAUCUGAUCUCCCCACUGAUACAGCAGUCUGCAAAGAGUAUGGUACUUUUUGAGACUUUUGUAAAUAUCCUUUCUCACAACCUUGCUGAACCUGCAUACGAAGCCGACGUUGCUCAGUUGGAAUAUAAACUGGUAUCUGGAGAGCAUGGUUUGGUCAUUCGAGUGAAAGGAUUCAAUCAUAAACUACCUCUGCUCUUUCAGCUCAUCAUUGACCACUUGUCUGACUUCAGUUUUACUCCAGCGGUUUUUGAGAUGAUAACAGAGCAGCUAAAAAAGACUUACUUUAAUAUUCUGAUCAAGCCAGAGAUGCUGGCCAAAGAUGUGCAUUCUUUAAUUUUGGAGCAUGGCAAGUGGUCUAUGAUAGAUAGAUACAGGAGAUUAAUGAAGGGCCUUUACACUGAGUCCCUCUCAUCCUUUGUUAAGGGCUUCAAAUCACAUCUAUAUGUGGAGGGGCUAGUGCAAGGAAACGUCACAAGCAGAGAAUCAAAGGAUUUUCUGAAUUAUGUUGUUCUAAAACUGCAGUUCUUUCCCUUGCCACAUCCAUGUCCUGUUCAAUUUCGGGUGGUAGACCUGCCAAAUACACACCUACUCUGCAAGGUGAAAACCCUUAACAGAGGUGAUGCCAACUCUGAAGUGACAGUCUAUUAUCAGUCUGGGGCUAGGAGUUUAAGAGAAUACACCCUUAUGGAGCUGCUUGUGAUGCACAUGGAGGAGCCUUGCUUUAACUUCCUACGAACCAAGCAAACCCUUGGCUACCAUGUGUACCCUAAAUGUAGAAAUACAUCUGGGAUUCUUGGGUUCUCUGUUACCGUAACCACACAAGCAACCAAGAACAACUCUGAAUUAGUUGACAAGAAAAUAGAAGAAUUUCUUUUGUACUUUGAGGGGAAAAUGAGGCUUUUAACUGAAAAAGCAUUCAGGACUCAGGUCAGUACUCUAAUACAUAUUAAAGAAUGUGAAGAUUCCUAUCUUGGAGAAGAGGUGGAUAGAAAUUGGAAUGAAGUAAUGUCUCAGCAGUAUCUUUUCGACAGACUUGCCCAUGAGGUUGAAGCACUACAAUCAUUAACUAAAUCAGACCUUGUUGACUGGUUCCAAGCUCAUAGAGGCAAAGAGAGGAAAGCACUCAGUAUACAUGUGGUUGGAUUUGGUAAACAAGAAGGCGACUCAGAUGUUCAGCAGUCCUUACUUGGUGAAAUAUAUCAACUCACAUUCUUACCCCCUUCCUCCUAUAUGAAGAAUACCUCUUACAUCAGGGACAUUAGAAAUUUCACAUUAAUGCGUAACUUCCUCCCUUACCACAAGAUAUUAAAAUAAAUUAUAGUUGUUUUCCCCUGCAUUUAAGUGUAGUUUAAGUAAUUUUCAGUUUGAGAACACUGUGAAUCAUUUAGCCUCACUAAAUGAAUUUGUAUUGUCAGUAGUGGUAGAUGAGUUCUUCCCUUAUUUUAAUAAAUAUUUGUAGCAUUGUACAUCCACUUUGCGCUCUCUCCCACUCUUCCUCUGAAAUCUGAAACAAAUCUAUUUUUAACAGUUGUUAAUGGAAAGUAUAACUCCUGUCCCCAUUCUUAACUACUUCAAGUCAUUUUCCCUCUCUUGUUUUUUUUAUUGUGUGCUUAUUGUGUUCAGUACAACAUGCUAUGUAGACUUAAAGCAUCCCUACCAUCGAACCUCACUAUCCUUUACAUAAACACAUUAACCUUCCUCCUGCUGCUCAUUGUCUUAUCAACACUGAACUCACCGUUCAGAUCAGGUUCAGUGUUUAGACCAAAAUUAUACCUGGAAGUACCAACAGUUUGAAGGGAGCUCUGGAUUAUAUGAGAAAAAUGUAUAGGGUCAGAGAUUUUUCACUUAGCUGGCACUAAUUGUCUCUUUGUUGGGCGCACUUUCAGCAAAGGCCAGAGACUGAAUGAGUCAUGAAAUAGACUUAUCAGUUCAUCCCUAGAAGUGUUUUUUCCCCAUAGUAUAGGGAAGCUGUAAAUGUAAGUUGUAUAGCUCCAAAUAAAGCUGUGGUCCUUAGACAAGGGUGUGGAAGUACUGAACCAACCUGGAGUUAUGGAAAACAUUUUAGCUCCCUCCUUUCCCUGAUCAUGUAUGAUCCAGCAAUAU